GGUGAUAAUAUCUCUCUCUAUCUCUAUUUCUAACUUUUAAUCUCAGCCCUUAGAUCAGACCAUAUAAAUACCGAAAACCCCCUCUCUUGUUUAUUUCUCUCCUCUCUCGAUCCCUCUAAAACCAGCGUUACUUGCCAGCGGCGAAGAAACAAAAAAAAACACAGCACACAGAGAGAGAGAGAGAGAGAGAGAGAGAGAGAGAGAAGCAUCGAUACACACAAAAUCAAAGAAUUGUCAUUAUUACUAUUUUAAUUUUGAGAUAGGAAUGGAUCCAGACGCCGUGGCAAAGGCAUUCGUAGAACACUACUAUACGACGUUCGAUGCAAACAGAGCUGGAUUAGCUAAUCUUUAUCAGGAGGCAUCUAUGCUUACUUUUGAAGGUCAGAAGAUCCAAGGUGCUCAAAACGUCGUCGCUAAGCUCACUUCCCUUCCUUUCCAGCAGUGCCAGCACAGCAUCACUACUGUUGAUUGUCAGCCUUCUGGUCCUGCUGGUGGCAUGCUCGUCUUCGUCUCUGGUAAUCUCAAGCUUACCGGUGAACAACACGCGCUUAAGUUUAGUCAGAUGUUCCAUUUGAUGCCAACACCACAGGGAAGCUUUUAUGUCUUGAACGACAUCUUCCGGUUGAACUAUGCAUGAAGACAAGAUACAUUCAAAGACUUUAUGGCCCAGACGUUCAACAUUGAAACCACUUUGCUCAUCUCUUUCUGGUUUUAGACAUUUUAAGUGAAAACUGUGAUUUUUGUUUGGUUUAUGUUUUAUGUUUCUAUGUGCCUGUUUAUUGAAAACUCAGAGAUGCUUCGGCAUGAUUUGUUGGAUUGGUAAAGAUGCUCUCUUGGAUUACCUGUUAAAAGAUUGGGUGUUGGGGAUUUCAUAACUUUCCUAAAAUUGGAAUUUUACAAUAAUUUGCGUAAUUGCAUUUGAAA